AUGAUUGCAACACUCACUGUCUUCAUCCUCCUGAACACCUUCUGUCAAAGUGCAGAGGUUCAAAUACCUGUGACGGUGGUCCAACCUGGAGACACUGUCACUUUUACAUGUGCUUUUAAGAAUAAAUAUGUAAACUGGUACAAACAAACCCCAGGACACAUGCUGCAGUUUAUUGCACAGAUAUAUUAUAGUGGUGUUAAAGUCGGUGAAUCAUUCAAGGAUCAACGAUUUAUUUUCACCACAGUGGAUACGCAGCCUGUUUUUACAAUACAAAAUAUUAAGAAAAAGGACGAAGCAAUCUACCAUUGCAUACUGCUUGAUGGAAUUGGACAGAAUGUAGUGAACAGCACCUUCUUGGUUGUUAAUGAUGGAGCAGACUCACAGAGCUGUGUUCAUGUGACACAGAGUCCAUCCUCAGCUUCAGUGGUCCCAGGACGCUCAGUGUCUCUUCAGUGUUCACUUCAGCCCAAAAACAACAAGAGCCAAAUCCAGUGUCCACAAGAGCAGCAGGUGCACUGGUUCAGAGCUGGAUCUGUGGAGCCUCACACUGGACUCAUGUCCCACUUUACAAACUCCAGCUGUGUCUACAGUCUGUCCAAAACUAUAGGACGCUCCUCUGAGGCUGGGACAUACUACUGCGCUGUGCACACAUGUGGACAUAUCCUGUUUGGGACAGGAACUACACUGGACAUAGAUGAGCCAAAGCCAGUGACUGUGGUUCUGUCAGUCCUGUUGUGUGUGUGUGUGCUCGUGAUCAUCGUCCUCUGUGUGAAGAGAGGGAGGCUCUGUGCACACUGCAGAGAUUCUCCUGAUAGUGUUAAUAGUACACAGUGUGAGAUGUCAGAAAAUAUGGAUGCACGUGCAGAUGUCAACUAUGCAGCUCUGAAUUUCUCCUCCAGAAAAGUGAAACAGAGACAGAGCAGUAACACAAGAGGAGAGCAGGAGUGUGUGUACUCCAGUGUGAGAGCAGAGCACCACUGAGAGACUGAUCCUCACAGGGCCCAGGCCAGAAUAGAUUGUGAUUUUACAUAUUCUACUUCUGUGAAAGUUUUGGUCAUAAUGCUAUUUUCUGUUUAACAUCCUGCUCAAAUUCACAUGUCUACAUUUUUUACAGAGGUUUUUUUUACUUCUCUAAGGUUAAUCGCUAAAUCAUAACAUAUUUAGAUCACCAUUUUAUCUUUUAUUGUUUUGAAAAUGCUGUAUUUGCUAAAAACAAUUUAUUAACAUGUUUUACAAGUUUGACUGUUGUUUUUGACGCUUUUGAUGAGUCCCCCCUCUCUGUGCUCUCCAUGCUAAGUCACACCCCUUUCAGAUGAUCACUAUCACCACACAGUCAGUGUGCGUCCCGCAGAUGAAACUGGUGCACAUCGCAUCAGGUUUGUCAAGUUGCUGUCUACAGUUUUUAAUCAUUCUUUUGUAUAUUUAUGGAGAAUUGUCAUGUGGGAGCCUGGAUGAUGUAGACUUGUGGGCCCAGGAGAGAUCGCUAAAACACUGAAACAUCUAAAACUUUUUCAGGUGUGUUUUUGAUGAGGGAACAAUGUUAUAACAUAGUAAAAGCUAAAAACAUAAUUUUGCAUAAU